CGGUCGGUCGGUCGCACCGCUCCGUUCCUCGACGAGAGAAAUGCGGUGGGGAUGGAGAACCGUGUGGGCCGGUCGGAGCGGAGCCGCUCUCGCUUCGUGUUCCUCAUGGACUCUCAGUCUCUCACUAUACGUACCGGGAGGUAUUGCCAUCGCCGGUUCGGUUAAGCACGUUGGCAUCCAGUCUCUUACGGCUUCGCGUGCUCCGGCCGCUCGAGAGGCAGGCGGCAGCGGCGGCGGCGGCGGCGGCGGCGGCGGCGGACCGCCAACGUGCAUCGAACAGAGAGAAGAGAGAGGAAGGGACGGGAAUCUUCGCCGGCGAAGUUGGCCCCGUAGCUUCUUCUCCGAUUGAUGGCAAAAAGGUCCACCGCGUGGACCGGGCUCGCGCGCGCUUUAAAUCGUCCAACUUCAACGAACGGCGCGACCCUCCCGGCCCUCCGCGAGUUUCCGCUUCCGCGAUGGUGCGCGCCCGACUUACUCGGCCAGCGAAAAAGUGAAAGGCUGUGACAUUGGAAUGCCAUGCAAAUUAGAACGCAUGACGAUACGGUGUAAUUAAGCAUUCCGAAGGUAUAAUUAAGAGUCGCGAAAGGGAAGAGGACGCGCGACGAUUCGCGUGUCGCGAAAAGUAUAAAAUUUAUUGAGAAAUUUUCCAAGGAUAUAUUCGUCGGGUCUUCUCUCGAGGACGCAUUCCGGAACAAUUGUGAAGCGGCACCUGAGAAUGCGCUCAGGUAUCGGAUGUGAUCCCGACGCCGGUAAUGGAGAUCGUCCUGCGGCAGAAUCCGCCGGAAAACGCAAUGUGCAAGAGUCGUAGCUGUACUGUGCGCGCAUAUACAGUUGACAGACGACGUGCAAGAAGCGAGAAGUAGCUCGGUGUACUCGUUAACCGGUUUCCGCGGGUCCGGCAUGCAGAGCGACACGUAGCGCGAGGACUACGCACGCCAUCGCAAGUGGAACUCACGAUCCUUCAUGCGUGUGUCGCAUGCCGUGUGAAACUGCCGGCAGAACUGGUCCCGUCGCUGAUCCAUGACAUCGCGAUCAUCGUUUGCUAAUAAUAGCUUACGUCGUGGGCGACUCGAACCGACCGCCGCGACGAGUCCGCGAGAGAAGCCGCCGCGCGACGAAUUUACGAAAAUCCUCGCGGAAAACGCUGGAAAAUCCGGGAUGAACGCGCCGUCUCGGCGCUCUCUCGCGCCACCGACGGAUAUCAGCGUUCCCGAUCGCAUUAGCCGAGGAUGGGGCGCUCACCGCUGCGCGCUGCAUGAGAUGUAAAUGGAUUCUUUCGUGAUUUCAAGAGGUGCCCGGCCCGCGAUAGCGGCCGGCAUCGUCGUAGGAAUAUCUUCGGAGAAAGGCACCCGACAAAGUAAAUACUUUAGCGUGCCGACGCGCCGCCGGUGUUUCGUGCAUUAGAAAGUGUGCUGCGUGGUGUCGUGAAUGUGUGAUCCCCACCUCUUCCCAGAAAUGUGUGGAAUAUUAAUAUUAAAAGUGCGAACGGAGCCGACGUGAACUGUGCGAAGGCGAUGCGGCCUGUUCCGCGUGUGACGCAACGCGACAGAUCGCUGCUUCACCGUUUAAGUUUAAACAAGGGCUGAUUUUUUUUUCUCUCUCUACGUGCGCGGUCAGUGCUCGGAGAGAAAGUAUUUUCCUAUCGGUGUCCGGGGAUACGAAGGCGCGAUUCGGAAGGACGAGCAAGUACAACGGUCGCUGUGGCAUGAGGAGGCUUGCACGCAGGCGCAAUAUCCUGGCCGCAUUCUCUGCGAUUAUGGGACGCCUCGGCAAAGGCUCGCAGAGCGCAACGAGGCCUAUUUUCAGGGUGCAUUAUCGCAAACUCGUGGACGAGUAUUCGCAGCAGGAGCAGUUGAAAUUUAUGCCCGCGCUACCCGAUUACAUGUCGUAUUGCUGUUGUCGAUGCGGUCACACUCAGAAGCUCAAAGCGGAGGAGCUGAAUACCAUCGUUGGCAAUGCCUUCCGCAUGGCGUACGUGGCGCAGCUUCAGCGUCAGCCAAUCCUUCAGGAUGUAAUCUCACCGCGAUCGACAUCAUCUUACCGCAAAGACAAGCAGGAACAUCGCACGUCGUGGAACAAAUCGCUGUCCGGAGACGACACGAUCGCCGCGGGCGCUUGCAGGAGUCCGUCGUCGAACUCGUGGCUGAAAAGUCGGACAUCGCCCGCCUCCAGGACUGGAAGGGGUUCGUCCGCAACGGACAUGAACGUGCAGCUUGGCAGCGCCGGCUCGCCCACGCUGCGACUCGCCGGCGUAAAGGCGCCGAACACGAUUCCCGGCCUGCGGCCGUCGUUCACGAACGUCCUCGGGCCCAUAACGAACGAGAAUGAGCCGAAGAGCAUUUCCCAGCAGAGCACGCCGAGCAGCGAUGAGAGCAACUCGCCGACGGAGCUGAAUUCGUACAAGAGGCUAACGGACAAGCCGCCGCUGAUAAAGCGGCUGGCGAUGGGUUUGACAGGCGGACGCGACGUUCUUGGGCUGAACAGCGAGGACGACAGCUGCCCGCUCGUCAGCGGUAGCAGCACGCCAACCAGCCCAUCGAACAGGCCCCAUUCCGGUGGCUACAUAAACGAGGCGAUCAUCGACUCGGAGGGCACGAGGCCGCCGUACAACAAGAUCCCGCCGUCCGAGAGCCUCGACAACACCAUCAACGCGUCCAUCACCGCGAAGAACUUCAACAUCGAGAACAACAGGAUAGGACACAAUUGCCCGGGUUCGGGCACGGAAACAGAAUUCAAGUCGAAAAGAAGAUCGCAAAUUAGCACGUCGAGCAGCUCGGUGCCCGCUGACGGAAGUACUCAUGGCUCGACGCCAACCCCGCCGCCUUUACCCGAGAGAACAGACAGCCUGAAUAAUCGAAGCGAGGAGGCAGAGCUACGCAAAGCGCCUUGGUUUCAGGCUGGAAUACCCAGAGAGAUAACGCUGGAGGUAUUGAGCCAAGAGCCGGAAGGAGCGUUCAUGGUGCGAGAGAGUACUAGCAAGCCCGGAUGUUACGCUCUCUCCCUCCGUGUUCCCCGUGAAUUCCAGCCGAGCGGAAUAGCCCAUUAUCUUAUAAUGCGCACAAACAAAGGUUACAAAAUCAAAGGCUUCACAAAAGAAUUCACCACGCUCACCGCGCUGAUCACUCACCAUUCGGUGAUGCCGGAAUUACUGCCAUGUCCGUUGUCGCUAAGCCGAUAUAAUCCGAGCUUCGUCAAGACCGACUCCAGUAAAGAUUUCGCGGACAUCGAUUCGGAUCCCGAUUAUAACACUUUAGCGGAUUUCCGCAAAAUGAUGGCCGAUCUGAACGUUUAGAAUGAUUAUCGAGUCGUCGCAAUCGUUCGCAGACUUGUACUUUUUUUUUUGCAAAAACACUGCUUAUUAAUCGAAAGGAAUGUGAGGCACCGUUUGGUAUAUUUGUACCUGGAUAGACUUUGUGCCAUUAAUCAAAGAAUCAACGUUAUUUGCGAUUAUCACCCGCAAGAAGAAUUUGCAUGCAGUAAUUGAUAUUGGCAUGAUAUAAGGUAUACACUUAGUGCGACGCUUAGUUAUCAAUCUAUGUUCCAGAAAGGUUUGCACAGCCAACAGUGAUACAUACUUAUAAGUCAUUAACGAUAAUAAGGAAUGUAACGUAGAUAAUUUAAUUAUUUCUAGUGUUAUUGACGUGACUGGAGUAGCAAUGUCGAGGAAGAAUGAUCUUUUGUAUUACAGCACGCCUAGCGGGAGAUUAGUUUUAAGCUUGUUACAGCGAGUGAAGCGAAACAAUUGACACUUAUCGAAUCUUCGAUCGAAGUAAAUUAUCUUUUUGCAGGUUUCUCUGUGUUAAACAGCAAAGUGUAUCAAGUUUUAUUAGCAUUUGAUUCGUUCUCGAUAGUUGCAACAGUGCUAAAGUUAUAAAAAAGGAAAGAUUCAACCACGAGAGUCGAGUCGUAUAAAAAUAUUAAACUGGAUAUCGAAAUCAAGGUAUGUCUGACCUAUCGAGUCUAUAUCGGACUUCUUCCGUUCAACAUUUAGUUGCAAUCCCAAUGAUAUAUCGCAACCGGGGACUAAAAGUGAAACAAGAUUCAUUGAAACUCUGAUAAAAAGAGAAGCUAUUUUUUUCUCGUGAAAGAAAACUAAAUAAAUAGUUCUAAUUAUCGGACAUCUCGAUUAAUAUCACAUGUAAAGUAACAUUACGUGUGGAAUAAAAACUUUUCACAUUAAAAUUUAUUUUCUAAUCCGCAACAAAUAGAAAUAUGAAAUUAUUAGAAAAUAUUUUAGUAUUUUGGUGAAACAAAGAAAGAUGCAAUUUAAAUGCAAAUCAAAAAGAAUUUUCGAUUUAUCAACAGAAACGAACGUUUUUCGUUUUUAGUCCCCCAAUCCUAAUAUUAAUGUACAUGUGUUUAUAUGUAUAUAUAUUAUAAUUAUUCUUACUCGAUAUUUCCACACAUAUAUUUAAUUAGUAAAUGUCGAAGAGGAUUAGGAAAAUGGCAUGGAAUCCUGAAAGCAUUAUUAUACCUAAGAGGACGUGGAAACUCCUCCAAAACUUGGAUUCGGUGGAAAUAUGGAUAUACUGUAAUAGGCGAUAAUUUAAUUUCUCAACUAGUCUUGUACAGAAAUUUCGCGCAUAGUUACGACAAUGAAAACUAUACGAUUAUGCGUAAAUACCGAUUAUGUUUAUGCCGAACUUGGCGACCAGACACUAAAUUGCGUGGCACUUUUUGUACGUCAGCAAUUAAUUUUCCAGGAAUUAUGACCGGAUGCAACAGUAUUUUGGAUCAAGUGUGUUUUUCAAUAUAUACAAGUUAUUGAGGCUACAUCGAAAAAUCUUAAACUGCCAUGUAACAUUUUUUAUCGAAGCAAGACUCGAAACCGCUAUGAUUUUGAUGAUUCAAUUGCAAUGCACUUAUUUGAUAUUCGCUUGAUGUCAAACUCCUCAAAAUACGUAACGGUUUCGAUUCUUCGAGCGAGAGGAAAAAUGCUCCAAUAUCGUAUUGAUAAGAUUUGUAUUCUAGAAUCAUACCUAGCAAUGCAUUGUGUUAGGAGAAAGUUUAGAAAGGUACAUAUGGCGCAUUAAAAUCGUAUGUAUGAUAUGUAUAAUAGAUUCGUGCGAAUAUGGAUUUCUGACUCUCUGCUUCUACAAUGUGUUUCUCUGUAACAAUUUAACGACAACGCAGAUUGCAUUGUAAUGAAAACAAAAAAUACUGUAUUUGUAAAACUUUAUUAAUUUUAUACGAAUCAUUUUUUUCAGCUCACAUGACCACAUAAUCGCAUAAAGUGUGUCUUAUAUUUGUUAAUCUUGCGCAAUCUAACGGAUCGUACCAGGAUUUCAAUAAGCUUUUCUGGG